AUCCACUCCAAAAGAAGGCAGGCAUUUCUAAGAGGAGUUGCAGUAAAAAUCUUCAGAGUAGAGAAGAUGGUAGCAGGAAGUUUCAGUAUUGAGAUAGAGUCUCCAGUGGAGGCAAAAAGGCUGUGGAAGGCAACUCUGGACUCCCACAACUUAUUGCCAAAGCAAGCACCAGGCCUCAUAUCAGGCAUCACACUUGUUCAAGGUGAUGGAGGAGUUGGCACCAUUCGACAGGUCAAUUUCACUGCAGCCAACAAGGAUUUUAGCUAUGUGAAAGAGAAAGUGGACUUAAUUGAUGAGACCAAUAUGGUUUAUUGUUUCAGCCAUGUGGAAGGAGGGGUGUUGGGGAAAAAAGUUGCCUCAGUAAGUUACAAGAUUAAAUUCAACCCCAAAGCAGGGGGUGGAUCCACUAGUACUUAUUCCUGCAACUAUGAUAGCCUCCCUGGUGUUCCCCAUGAUGAAGCCAAAAUUGAGGAGAUCAAGGCCAACAGCACUGGUUUGUUCAAGCAGGUGGAGCAAUAUCUCAUUGCCCAUCCCACUUUAUACUGCUAAAAGCAUCAAGAUCUCCCGCAGCGCCACUUGCUCAAUGAAAAAAUUUGUAUCUCAUAGGAUUCCCCCUUUCUUAGUGGCAGCAGUGCCACUUAAAUCUAGUUCAAUAAGAAUAUGUGUGUCUCAGGCCUGUGGGCUGAAUCCAAUAGUAAAGCUUUGAAACUUUCAAAUGCUGGCUCAGAUUCCAGCCACAGUCUGGUUCCCCAAUAGUAACCUCCUCCCAAUUAAUUACGUGUAUCUGUUGUAAUAAUGAGCUAAAGAGUGACGCUUUCUUAAGUACAUAGUUUAGUUGUGUAAUU